GCGCGUCCUAGAAGCGGUUUCCCGGCGUGCAGUGCGCGCAUCCUGUAUGUAAUGUACAGUCAUCAGUGAGGAGGAAGCCGAGUGAUCUGUGGCGGAGGAAGUGCGAGCUCCGGGUUGUACACCAUGGCCGGGGAGAUGACUAUCCUGGGUUCUGCCAUUUUGGCCCUUCUGUUAGCUGGAUAUUUGGCACAGCAAUAUUUGCCUAUGCCCACUCCAAAAGUGAUUGGCAUCGAUCUUGGAACCACUUACUGUUCUGUUGGGGUGUUCCAGUCUGGCACGGGAGAAGUGAAAGUGAUUAUGGAUGAUGGCGGUCACCAGAGUAUCCCAAGCAUUGUGUCCUUCACAGAGCAGGAUAUAUAUGUGGGAUAUGAAGGUCUGGAGCUUGCAGAUUCCUACCCCCAAAAUACCAUAUAUGAUGCCAAAAGAUUCAUUGGAAAAAUCUUUACCCCCGAGGAGCUGGAGAAGGAGAGUGACAGGUAUCCAUUCAAGGUUCUGAACAAUGAGGGUAAAGCUGUGUAUUCUAUCAAAACCAAUGAGACCUUCACCACCACCCCAGAGGACAUUAGCGCUCUUCUACUUUUGAAGCUGAAGAAGAUGGCAGAAAAGUACCUCGGUAUUCCCGUGUCUAAAGCUGUUAUUUCAGUUCCUGCCGAAUUUGAUGAAAGACAGCGCAACUAUACUGUAAGGGCCGCUAACCUGGCUGGUCUGGAUGUUUUGCGAGUCAUUAAUGAGCCCACAGCAGCAGCGAUGGCUUACGGGUUACAUAAAGCUGAUGUAUUCAAUGUCCUUGUGGUUGAUCUGGGAGGAGGAACGUUGGACGUGUCUCUAUUAAAUAAGCAAGGAGGAAUGUUCCUAACUCGAGCCAUGGCAGGUAACAAUAAGCUCGGAGGUCAGGACUUCAAUCAGAGACUACUGCAGUACUUAUAUGAAAAUAUUUAUACUACCUAUGGAUCCCUGCCACCUCUUAAAGAAGAAAUCCACAGACUCAGACAGUCUGUGGAAGCCGUCAAGUUGAACCUCACAUUGCAUAACUCCUCAUGGGUCCGUAUGCCUUUAACUUUACCUCCGCAGCACUCCUUGGAACCAGAGAAGAAGGUCCAAGAAGGUGGCACCCAGGAGAAUAUCCCCUUAAACCAGGACAACCAGAAAGAUGAGAGCGGUGGAGCCCAAAAGGUCUAUUUUGAAGCAGAAAUUUCAAGGAAGCUCUUCGAGCACUUGAACGACGAUCUGUUCCAGAAGGUUCUGGUUCCUAUAGAACGCGUAUUAAAAGAGGGGCACCUGGAGAAGGGUGAGGUGGACGAGAUUGUUCUCGUUGGCGGAUCUACGCGUAUACCUCGUAUUCGGCAAGUCAUCAGGGACUUUUUCAGCAUGGAGCCCAACACAUCGGUUGACCCAGAUCUGGCCGUAGUGAUAGGAGUGGCGAUACAAGCCGGGAUUAUGGGAGGCUCGUGGCCUCUUCAAGUCAGUGCAAUAGAAAUACCAAAUAGACAUUUACGAAAAACUAACUUCAAUUAAAGAUUCCCGCUCUUCCCUCCGUCAACGUGUAUUCCAGAGAGGUGUGGUCACACCAACAUAUUCUGUGUUUAAAGCUGCCCCUUAAAGAUAUUUAUUUUUCUAAGACGUUUGUGAAAGACUUUCAUGGAAUGUAUUGUCACUUUAGUAAGUGUGGUUGGAGAAAGUCUUGUUCGUAUUUAUGACAUUUUUAUAGCCGUGGUACAUUCCUUACCCGCACAUCGCAUACUUCACUGUAGACCUAGUCAUAGACA